AGUGAAUCAGUUGUGCAGGCAGCGCUGGACAAGGCAAGGGAAGGACGCACCACGGUCGUAGUAGCUCAUCGACUGUCAACAGUCCGAAAUGCAGAUCUUAUAGCUGUGUUUGAAGGUGGAGUUAUCUCAGAACAAGGGAAUCAUUUUAAAUUAUUAGACAGAAAGGGGAUCUACCACAAACUCGUUAACAUGCAGGCAAUAGAAGCUGAAGUUCCAUCAUCAGAAAAAGAUGAAAAUGCACUUAGUGUCAAAAAAAGUGAAUCUGAACCAGAAUUUGAAGAAUCUGUAACAAAAGGUUUGAGAAGACGAUCGUCUCAGAGAAGCAUGAAAAAGCCAGGAGCACAAAAUUGUGAUACUGAUGAGAAAACGAGUUCACCUGAUGAAGAAUUACCUCCAGCUUCAUUUCUGAAAAUUAUGAAGCUGAACAAAACUGAAUGGCCAUACUUUGUAGUUGGAACUUUAUGUGCAAUUAUCAAUGGAGCUUUACAACCUGCAUUUGCAAUCAUAUUUUCAGAAAUUAUAGGGAUUUUUUCAGAAGCGGACAAGAACAUUUUAAGAGAAAAGAGCAACUUAUAUUCGGUGCUGUUUUUAGUACUUGGGAUCAUUUCCUUUUUUACUUUCUUUUUCCAG